GCUGUGAACCGCUCCGGUUGCCCGAAGUGACAAAUACGCCGACGAGACGUACGUGAAGGCGUAUUUCGCGACUGUGGACUGCGCUACAGCCUUGGGCGGUGUUGUCGGUCAGUUAGUUGUGAACAACGUUCUGUUUUCGAACGCUACCACGGCUACGAUCCCAACGCCGCUGGUCCAAGUCGCCGCCCGAGUCGUGCUGGUGUCGAGGCUAUGCUAGCGGUCUGCAUAGUCGGACUGUCGACGUGAACUAGGAAGUUCAGAAGAAAACCUGUUAAUUUUUUUGGCAUCCUACUCGGCUAGGAUUUGGACUCGUCUACAAAUUCCAAACAUCUGGCUUAUCCCAUGACCUCUGACCUUGGAGACGGACAGGAUAUUUGUUCCGACCUGCAGCAGACAAAUUCCGGCAGUGCCGCAUCGGAUCGCAUGUAUUUGGACAAGUACAUUGACCAGACGAAACCAGCAACCACCACGCAAAGCCUGAACCCGAACGCCGACAUAUUCUACAGCAAGAAUGCGCUGGCCAAGUCCGAAGACGACGACGGAGGAGGAGGUGGAGGAGUUUGCUGUGAUGGGUCGGAGGUAGCACCGGAGGGGGGCACGGCCAUGGCGCCCCCACCGCCCCACGGCCUGGGGCCCCCCCACUUCAACCCUGAUGAGCUGCCCCUGGCGGAUCUGCGUCGCAUGCUCAUGCAGCAGCUUGAGUACUACUUCUCCAGGGAAAAUCUUGCCAAUGACACAUACCUGCUAUCUCAAAUGGACAGUGACCAGUAUGUGCCCAUUGGUACAGUGGCCAACUUCAAUCAGAUCAAAAAGCUAACCAAGGAUCUUAGUCUCAUCGUCGACGUCCUACGAGAAUCCCCCAACGUGCAAGUAGACGAGGCUGGCGAAAAAGUGCGCCCCAACCACAAACGCUGUGUCCUGAUUCUUAGAGAAAUACCAGAGAGCACUCCUGUCAAAGACAUCGAGGCGCUAUUCAAGGCCAGUGACAAGUGCCCGCAGUUCAUGAGCUGCGAAUUUGCCCACAAUAGCAGCUGGUAUGUGACCUUUGAGUCGGAUGAGGAUGCACAGCAGGCGUACAGGUACCUGCGUGAAGAAGUGCGCUCUUUCCAAGGGAAGCCCAUUAUGGCCCGCAUUAAAGCCAAGCCCAUCUCGCGAGCCUCGUUCCUGCCACCAUACAAGAAUGGUUUGCGGCACCAGCCUCCCCACCUCAUGGCUGGAGGGGAGGGGCUGGUCAAUGCCCCUGCAACAGCAACUGUUCCGGCUGCUGCUGCUGCCAGUGGGCCUGCCCCAGGGGGGGUCUCGGCGCAGCCGCUCAGCACCAGCCAACCAGCAGCCGCCACCACACCUGUGGCACCUCAGCAGACCACACAGGCGUCCACCUUCUAUCAGGGGCCACUGCAGGUGAACUAUGGUCCGGCCAGUGCAAGCAGUAACAGUGCAGGACCGGGUACUGCCCAGUUGUACCCACCCUUCUACCCUCCAGCUAUGCUGCAGACCUGGACACCAGCCACUCCUACGUGUUUUGACCUGGGAACGGUGUUCUCGAUGAACGGCCUGGCACCCCAGGCAACCUACAAGCCGCUGAAUGGGACGGGUGGCACGGGUCGUCACGGCUUCCCUGUUCUGUGGCCGGGGGGUGGUGGCCGUUCGUCCAAGUCUUACCUGCGGACAGGUGGUGCCUCCUACGACGGCGACUCACGGGGCUUCUAUGAGCGGCACGGUGGCAGCCUCCUAGGCCCUGGCUACCCGUCAACUUACCUGGCCGGCCCACCCGCCUUCCCUCUUUCCCGGGGCGGUGGUGGAGGACCCCCGCCUGCAUACAUUCAGGAGUUCCUGCCCACGUCUGGUGGCAGCUCCAAACGGGAUUCCGGCAACUCUCUCUACUCCCUUUACUCUAGGGGAAGUCCUAAGGGGGACAUGGGCAAGGACUCUGGAGGCGGCAGUGGCUCUUCACAAAAGUACCAAGACAGCCGGAUGCGACGGAGGAAAAAAGAAGAAAAUGGUUCUAACAAGACAGACGGUAGCAAUGCAGACAGUGGCAAAUCGAGGGAAGAAGUUGAAGCUCCCAAGUUCGAUCUGGAGGAAGCUGCUUUUCCACCUUUGCCAGGCUUCCUGGAGGAGGAAUCGUUGGGCCAGGGAGCUGUGUCAGAUGACAGCUCUUCGGCUCUAACGACGCCCGCUGCAGCGACAGCCAACAGCAGGCUCUCGGACAUAGUUCGUGGUGCUGCCCCUAGCCGCGCUCUAAGUAACAGUGCCGCUGUCAGUCCAUGCUUACCGGCUGCCACACCUGUUUCCACGUUGGCCACAAAUGCAGCAGCCACAGCAGCAUCUUCGACCAAACCUCCCAUGCGUGACAGUAAAACGCAAACCGCAGAAUCUGCCCUGAGUCCUGCAGCAGCUGCCAGCACUGCCAAUUCGACAUCAACCCUCGUCACCAAAGACAGUGCCACCCUGACCAAUGGCAGCGACUUCCCAGCAACUAUGCUGACUCCACCUGCAUCUCCUGUGUCUCCAAACACUGCCACGCGUGAAGGUGCUCCUCAGGAAGUGGAGGCCCCUGCAAGGGUGCAAAGCCCAGUGCCCACCGAAGAGGCAGCUACUGCUGCUGCUGUCCCUGUUGUGAAUUCAACUCCUGCUGCUCCCACUGCAACACCACCCGUGCCAGCAGUACCAACGCCAGCUGCAACAGCAACCACACAGCCUGUGUCCAAUGCUGUACCGCAGAAGGCUGCAGCAGUUGCUGAAGAGGGAGGUCGCAAGCUGACCUAUUCGGAAGUGGCGGCCAUGGCCAAAAGCCGAGCAGCAACACAAGCUGCACCUGAGCAGCCCAAGGAGGCCACAAAGCCAAGCCUUCGAAACUCUGGUCAUGGCCAGCGGCCAGAGCAAGCACCGGUGAGUCAGCCACAGAGGGGCCCUGGCCGGAGGAUGGAGCCACGUGCGCACUCGCGCGACCGCCGAUCUGCAGCCGCUGGCUCCCACAGGCACCGCAGCCCACCAAGUGAAGAUGCUCACUAAGGGCACAACCUGUGCAAGGCUUGGUUGUGGCCCACGCAGCCACGACGCUUGUCCCCGCCACCACGCGAGGUGCCGAGGACAUCUUUUGCCAAAACGGCCUCAGCAGGAGGUGGUGACCCCCGUAGGGAUACUGUGCUGUGCAAGUGACGACAGUAUUUGUUGGUUUUACGACUCUUGUCUCUCCAUUCACGUCGCGUGCACACACACUGCCUGCCUCCUGCCAAUCACCUCCCGGUCGGUCCGGAUGACAGAACAUUGCUCCUCGCUGCGAGACCCUCGGUGUCCGCUAGGGAGGAACACUUUUGUUCCUGUUGCAAAAUGUUGCUGAUGGUGUGCUUGGAAGCCAUGUGUGGCAGCACCACUAGGCUUUUCCCAAGAGGAAGGCACUAACGGCCUUGCUUGCUGCUGGCCAAUAUGCAAGGGUGGUGGGUGACAGACCACAGCACCUUCCACCCACCCGACAAGGGCUCCGCCGCAACCACCAUGAAAACAACAUACGUGCUACAAGACUUGACGCGUGCUUGGCAGUGGCCUAUCGGCAAAGGACUGCCUGAAGCCAUGGCCGAUUUCUCAAAAGGGGCUGCCCAGGGUAGGGCUAGUGAUGAGACAACACUGGCACUUCAUGGAAGGCCUGCCCUGCCCUCUUGGGGCAUUUUUUUUUUCUUUCUUUCCUUUUUUUUUAUUUGUGAUCACAGAAGAGACCCGAAAUGGUGGCAGGUAGGCCAUCGAUGUUCUCCGGCACUGUUCUUGUAGGAGUGUUACUACCAUUCAAAACAAAGGAGUGGAUAGCUUUUUUUUUUUCUUUAUAUGUUAUUGUCUGUGUUUGUAUAAUCUCCGAAAGCCAAUUGUUACGAACAACAUCCAGAGGCACCUAGAUGUUCCAAAAUGGUGGUGCCCACCGGCACAGCAGAGCGGGCUGUGCCACACCUUUGCGGCGUGCUGCCCAUUGAGUGUGCAUCUCGCAUGCUUCCCGUUUGUUUUCCUGGCGGUCUUCCGUCUCUUGUGUGAGCUUGUCCGUGGGAGAUUUUUGUCGUCAAAGCUGUGUUUACUGGCAACCAUGGUGCGAGGUGCCAGCCUCGUUAUUUUUUUUUUUUUUUUUGCCUUUUUGUAAAAGAAAAAAAGAACUGUUGGCUCCCAAAGUUCUUUGUAACGCGGUGUUUGCCAUGGCUGGCGUCGCAGUGCAUAUUGUCUCUCGCAUUGGUACCCCUGGUUUCUCGACGCAUGCAUGUUUAGCUUGCACCAUGUUGCCCAGUGUUGCAGGUACUGAUGCACUAAAGCUGGCUAUGAAAAUAAAAAAGUAAAAAGCCAGCCAAAGAAAAAAAAAAACGCCUGCCAUGUAGGAUUUUGAUUUUUGCUACAGCUUAUGGUGACAAGUUUGCACAAGCAGGCUUCAAUGUGUAUUGAGACCAGGGUGUGAGCAAAGACUAGUGCUGAGAGAAAGUGUGCAGUGCAAUUCUCAGAACAAGUGGAGUGUGCUAUGCCAGCAGGGCGUUUUGGGAAGCUUGCACAUACACAGUUAGCCAGGCCUCCGGGCUUGCUUUUUCUUUUUCUAUCUCCUAUCUUAUUGCAGUUUUUCUUUUCCUUGCGGGUAUGAAUGUGUUUGUCUAUCACCUUAAAUUUGUGAGGAGGUCCACAAAAACAGGAUAAAGCAAGCGCACUGCAAGUUUUUCUUUAUAAAUUCUGUUCUCUCAUUUUGGUGUGCCUAGUGCAGCAACCAAUGCGGGGUUGCUGCCAUUCAUCUGCAGAUUUUAUUUUCCUUCCCUCUCCCAUGUUCUCAGUGUGUUUAUUGUGCUCAUUUGAUUUAGUAAUGUUUGGAUGGUCUUGCUAUUUUAUUUAUUUUUUUUUUUCCUAAUAUGGGAGAUGGUGUUUUUGACGUUUGCAAGGGCCUAGUCAGGACAGAGUUAGGGAAAGGCAGAAGACAGCCAUUAGGGCCUUAUUAUUUUUUUUUUUCAUUUGUGUGUGACAAAAGCAAGAAGCGUUUUGGCAAAUGGCCCUAAAGGCAACAUGUAACUUCGUCUUGACCGGCCUCCACUGAAGCCUAGACGGGAGGAUGGCAACUGACGAAUGAGACGUUCAGAUUGUUUGUAAAUAGCGGCUUUUUCUUCUCACCCCCUCCUCCCCCCUUUUUUUUCUCCUCCUUAAGCCUUUUCUGACAUUGAAAGAGGGAGGGGGUAUUCAGUGCUGAUAAGGGCAGUAGGCUCGCCACUAGGGGCAGAGUUGAGCGUAGCUGCACAGGCACAGGUGGGUACAGGCAAGGGAGUCCGAGAUUUUUGGGCGCUUAACUACUUCUGUUGUCUGCAGAGGGAUCGAGGGAGAGAGAGCUUGGUGGGCAUGUUAUUAUUGGAGGAUAUAUUUUUGCGAUGACAGCACUGGGCGUACAAGAGACCUCACUCUCUCUCUCAGCGCAUUUUUUGUCAGUCCAAGUGCCUUAAGUUUUUUUCUCGGAACCUCCCCGGGCCACCUCCUGCCGUCACGGGGGUUAUAUUCUGCUGUUUCUUCCGUGUCAUUAUUCAGCGCCCAUGCCAUGGAAGACUAGUUUCUCUCGUGCAUACCUCCUCAACUGCCCCCUCUCCAACUUUAUUUGCCUCAAUUAUUUUUCUUCCCCAGUUUAGUGCCCAAGAUUGUGUAUGUUUUGCAGCGACACAUACUCUGCCUUUCCCUCAUUAUUCAAUAUUUUUGGUAACCUGCAAAGUAUGAUUUGGAUUGCUGGGUGUAUAAAUUAAUAAAUGCAAGCACUAGGUCUA